GUGUGAAUAGGGGUGGUCAUUAGCAGUCGAGAGGGGGAGGUCUCACUCUAUCUAUUUAUUUUUUCUUUUCUUUUACCGUUACCCGCACUUAACAUAGCCAUAAUUGCAUUUUAUCUGCCUCGGUGAACAGUUAGCGGUGUUUUUAAGCUUUUUCAUGUCGAGUAAAACACUGGGGCGCCCCCCUCUUUUCGUUUGUCGGUCGUAACGUCCGAACGUCCAGCUGAUUGCUUUGAGUGCCGUUCAAUUAUUCCAGUUCAAACUGAGCCGUUUUGUUUGACUUAACGGAUGUUUUUUUGUGGCCGAAAAGGGCCGAGCUCGCCACCUUUUUUCGCCGACUUGUGGACUUUAAAAGAAAGAGGACAUUUAUCUUUUUGUCUAACUUGAGUGUCGGAUCGUUUUUCUUAUUGAACGACCAGGCCCCGGACUCAUCCCCAGCCUCGCGUUUCCAUAUCGGUUUUUGUUGGAAGUCAUGGGAGACACUAGUGAACGAAGCAAACCUCCGAGUCUACCUCCCCGGUGUCCCUGUGGAUUUUGGGGGUCCAGUAAAACCAUGAACCUCUGCUCCAAAUGUUUUGCUGACAUCCAGAAGAAGCAGCCAGGGGAGGACUGCACCUCCAAGCCCAUCCAAAGCACUGGGAGUAGCCAAUCGCCAGUUUUCAGUAGCGAGACGAGCAGUAGCAGUAGCCAAUCCCUAUUGUCGUCGCCGCCCUCUAGCUCCGAGCAGCCGUCAACCGAAGAACCCUCGCCCACGUUUCCCAGCAUGAGGGAAGGCAUGUCGUCCACAGAAACAGCCCAAGGCACACUCUGCACACCCACAAAACGUCCACGAGAAUCAGCGUCGGGCUCGGAGAGCGAGGCGACGCCGGAGAAACGGCCACGGACAGACGAGAAGGAGGGGAGCAGCGAGGAGGCCCGUGGGACGCCCAAGCAGAAGAACCGUCGGCGCUGCUAUCGCUGCCAAACCAAACUAGAGCUGGUGCAGCAGGAACUGGGCUCCUGUCGCUGUGGCUAUGUAUUCUGCAUGCUCCACCGUCUACCCGAGCAGCACGACUGUCUGUUCGACCAUCUGGGCCGCGGGCGCGAGGAGGCCGUCCUCAAGAUGGUGAAGCUGGACCGCAAGGUGGGCCGCUCGUGCCAACGCAUCGGGGAGGAGUGCUCCUGAUUGGCCACGUGGUGACCAGCCAUCCAGUUAGAGAUGAGGCGCUUACAAAGAGGAGGAGGAGGAGGAAGGAGAGCUAGGAGAAAUGACAACUGGGGGUGAUGGGUGGGAGGGGGAGGGAGGGAGGGAGGGAGGGAAGAAGAGGAGGAGGAGGGGAGGGAGCACGGUUGUAACAUCCUGCAUCUGACCCGACAAUUCUGGAUCUGAGCUUGACGCCGCCCUGUCGAUGUCCCGAUUUCCUGCGUGGAGCGUCUGUUUGGAGUCGGCUCUGGACGAGGCCGCUCGGGGGCCCACAGGGGGCCCGGUGGCUGUUCUGCGGAGCCACGUUCAGUAUCGCAUGUUCACACACACAGCCUUAACCCAACCCCCCCCCCAGUCUUCAGAGGAAGGACACCGCGGAGACGGAUCCAGUUAGUCGUACAUUAUGCACAUGUUUCUCGCCACGGUUUCCUCCUCUUUGCUCACGCUCCUUUUUUUCAGUACAGGAAGUAACGGAAGGUGAACUGUUGUAGCGUUUGGCUGAACUGAUCUGUUUUGGAUACUCAUUCAAUAAAGUUUUUGUUUCUUUUUUUUUUUCCAUUUCUCGGUCGCGGGUGAGGGGUCCAGCUCUAUCCCACGACCACUCCUCAGGUCGUCAUAAAGGGGUUGGAGUAUCAAACCUGUAACCCCACCUUCCUCUUCUUCUUCUUCUUCUUUUUUUCUUCCACCGACGUUUGGGGCCAUGUGCAGCAUCACUGACCGUGUUUUGCUCGUGCAUGGUACCAGCAACAGUGUAUUUGUGCAGGUUUGAGUGUGGUAACAUGAGACAGUCCAAGGAUGCUGUCAUGGUUUGAUUUUUUUUUUUUUUUUUUUUCUUCUUCCUGUGUGGCCGUCAUGGUGAUUAGCUCUGUUUUUACUGCUUAACCACGGUGUCGUGGAGGACAAUACAGCCAAUCCCUGCCUCUGCUCACACGGACUGUUGAUAAAAAGAAAAAUACAAAUAAAUAUUAAAAAAUGAAAAACCACACUAAUGGACAAGAAUCACUUGGAUGAAUCCUCUGUGUAGCAGAUCCUCUUCUCCCUCGUUCCCUCCCCCUUUUUUCAAUUUACUGAGUAGUACUGUUGUUUUACAUAAAGGGGAAUGCGACUGAAUUUUUGUAUUCAAAUGGAAAGUUCUUCGCCAAAACGCCAUGUAUUCAUUUAGAAAAACAAAUACCCGAAGUUCAUUACUGAGUGUCUCUGUGGUUGUGGACGAUCAGUCAAGAGUGCUAAAUUGAAUGCAUAAAUUACGUACUACCCUUUAAAGCUGUUCUAUAAUUUAUUUCUUAUUUUGUGUUUUGUGGGUAGGACUAGGUGUCAUUUAAUUUUCAGAUCGGGGAAAGAUAAUCUUAAAAUGUUAUAAUUUCUUUUUCUUUUUAUACACUGAUUGCCACCCAGGGGCGUCAUUUCUGCUAGUGAGCUUUCACUAAAUCAAAGAGAGACGAGCUUUGUUCCACAGUGAUGUCAUAUUGAUACACAGCACAAGUAAAAAUUGGUUUUAAGGCUGAGAAAUGAACCAAAAGUUGGUUAACUUGGAGUUGUUAUACACCGAAAGCAAAAAUAAAACCAAAGUUAGACAGUUAAGCUCUUAACUCUCCACUUAAGCAAAGUAAUUAAGCAUGAUUGGUUUAAUUCAGUCCAGUUUUGCUAUGUAAUUCAGGUGUAAGAUCAGAUGUGAAAUUAAGACUCUUAAAGGUCCAUUGUGUAUUUCUUGUGUCGACCCUGUGGAGGUUGCACAUCUAUUGACAUCACAGAUACAAACUGCUCUCCAGUAAUGAUGCCUCAGCUGGUUUUGGCUGCAGAAAUAACGUGAAUUCUUAAAUUGAGUGGUUUUCCCUUUCCUCAUAUGUUUCUGUUUUGGCAUUGUUUCCAACCCCGCUCUUAAUCAGCCUUCACAGUCUGACUGCUUGGACUUUGUGCUGUGCAUAUUGUUCAGUUACACACCUCUCUUCCUUCCUCUCCUAAAGGUUUAUUCUACCAAAAUCAACUUUUUUUUGUUUGUGAUGUUGCAGAAGUUUUUUUUUCUCCUCAAAUUAAAUUUUUUGUUGUUUGUUUGGCAUUCAGCACACAUUGUAGGUGCAUUAAAAGUACAAGUUGUGAUUUGUUCAAUACAGGUACGCAAUCUCCAUAAAAUGUACUUUGCAGCAUCAUGUGAAAUGCAGUUUGAUGAUGUUGAAUUGUAUGUUGUUGUUUUUUUUGUUUUUUUUUAAUUUGGGGAAACGUGAAGCAGCAGAUUUUUUUUUUUUUUGCAAAUUAACUUUGGAAAAGUUGAUUCAGGUUGAGAGCCCUUAUAACCAGACACCACUUAACUAUGCUAAUCCUCAUGCACAACUUAUUGUUUGUUCUCCCCCCUCACCUCUCCCCACCCCUCUUGUCUUUUCCAAUGAGAACACAGCGCAGCAUAAAGGGAGCUCGGGAGAAAUGUCGCGGCUGGUUCUUAUUUUGAUAUUUUGAAAAACUUGUUCCUUUUUUUGAGUGCUAAUGAGAAAUGGAAGAAAUGGAAUAUCUUUCUGUACCUUUUAGAGAAAAAAUUAUUUAACCUUAUAUCAGUUUGAGUUACUUACACCCUAGCAUAGAGUGGCAUAUUUAGUUAAAUGUAUAAAAAAAAAAGCAAGAACAUAAUUCUGUCCUAUUUUCUCCUUUUAAUUUUAUCGUGUUCCAUUUUCUGCUGAGGAAAAUAAACUGGAUUAGAGGA